UGACGUCAGCGCCGCAGGGGGAGACUCAUUCAGGAAAUACGUUUCCGCGUCUCGCUGUCACAACAACGAAAAUGGCACCCAACAGGAAUAAAUGCUUAACUGCAGCAACUUCUCUUUCAGAACCAAAAUUGUAGUUCAAUUGUUACCCACGAGGUUUGAAUUUAAAAUCCCUGUGAUGACUUGGGCGGAAUUUUAUAAUAUUGUGCAAUUUAGUCUUAAUUUAUGCACUCAGUGUAACUUGUCUGUCCACAUCCCACACCGACUGCUUUGAUCCUUAACUCACGUGUAAUAGAUUACACGUGUAAUCCACGGGAAUGGCGAGAGGGUCACGCGCGGCUGUGGAUGUGGAGUACAGUCCUGUGGGAGAGGGUCUCGGGAUGCGGGACUUCUGGCUGUACGUGUGGCUGCGCAGAGUGUCUGUGAUCACCGCGCACAUCAUCUCAGUCGGCCUGGUUUUACUCACAUCCAUACUGUCCAGACCGGGAACAAGUCUUUUCUCCUGGCAUCCUGUUUGCAUGUCACUUGGGUUUUGCCUGUGCAUGACAGAAGGGAUCCUGCUGUUCUCGGCCGACGGGAGUCCGUUCUGCUUCAAGUCUCGUAAAUGGAAGGUCCGCCUGCAUUGGUUCUUCCAGGCUCUGCUGCUGGUGUUCGGAGCGACAGGUUUUGGUUUCAUGGUGGCCAGUAAGAACGUUUCCGAGCAUUCUCACUUCACCUCGUGGCACAGCCUGCUGGGCGUCACCACGAUGGUCGCUACCGUUCUGCAGGCGACCUGCGGCGUCUUUCUUCUGUUUCCCAAACUCAUCAGCGUUCAGUCGUUUCCUCGGAUGAGACUCUAUCAUGCCACCUGCGGCCUGGUGGCUUACCUGUUAUCCGCCGUCACUGUCAUGGCAGCCAUGUUUACAGACUGGUUUCAGGCUACGGUGAAAGGUGUGGCGUGGUACAUUUUCUUCCUCCUUCCACUUUUUCCCGCCUUAGUGGUGAUGAAUCAAAUCACUAGUGCCUUUCUGCCCAAGAAGAAGAUUACAAGCUGAAAACAAAAGCUUUGUGUUUUUUUAGUACGUUUAGACCACCUCACGAAGAGCACUUUGAAAGAGACUCUUCCCCAGUUCAGUAGUAAGCACACUGUUCAGGGAGACAAGAGUUCUUGUGCACUGAACUAAAACAUUUGCUUCCUAAAAAUGUCCAUGUUAGAAUAGAUUGGCUGCCUACUAUGUUCACUUCAUCAUGUUGUAUUCUUACAAGCGGAAGAGGUUCUUCUUAAAGCUGAGCUUUUGAACAGUUACAAGGAAGCUAUACAAUAAAAAAGUGCCUCGCCUCAAGAACAUCAGUCAAAGAAAACAACAUCCUCGGCAACGGGAUUCAGCUUAAAGGUGCUGUCGCAUCUAAUGACAUGAAAGCACUUGGUGCACCUUUAAUGAUCCGGACCGCUUUACAACUUACUUGCACAUUGUAAAGAACAUUCAUAUAUCUGAUUCUGUCUACAUUAACAGUUGUUUUUGAAGUGAGUUGAAGACUUUUUAUGGAAUUGUUUGAGAACUGUUGACAUUCAUUGUGUUCUUGUACUAUGUACUGAACUCAGGCACUCUUAGAUCACAUCUUACACACCAUCCUCAGCUGUAAAUUGCUUUUGUUUUAAUGCUUAGUUUAUCACAUUGUUUAUCCUGCUUGGUUGUGUAUUCUAGUAUUCAUGUGGGUUGUUUGAUAUGCGUUGCUUACUAACACACAAAGUAGAUGAUAGUUCUGUUCUGAAAAUUGCAAUUGCUUAUUUAACCUUUAAUGUGUUUGGCUUAUGUAUAAACAGGAAACGUCCUUAAAGGGACAGUUCAACAAAAAAGGACAAUUGUGUCAUCAUUUGCGCACUCUCGAGUUGUUUCUUUAAGUUAGUUUCAUUAUAGCGUAUUGUGCAAGUUUUAUUUAAUCUACUUAAACUAUGUUUUUAAAUUUACAUUAAUGGUUGGUGAAAUUUUAAUGCAGUGAACAUACUAUUGUACAUCUUGGUCAGGUUAUGAGAUUUUAAACUAAGCAUCCAUGAAUGUUAAAAAAAUGACUCAGGGUUUUAUUACAUUGGAAUAUCAAGUAUACACUACUAUAUUUUUGGCUAUAUUUUAAUCUGUAUGAACAGUAUCUGAUGA